CCUGCCACGUCAGUUAAAAAUACUCUCUUUUCGCUUUACUUGUGUUUGAAAACUCUUUAGUUUUGCUUUAAAAAAUGAAAACGUGUUGCUAUUUAUUGACACGGUGUAUUAAAUUCAACACAAGUGUUAAAAAAAGGCGGGAAAUUAGUGAUGCACAGCAGUGAAUGACGCUGAACUGACCGUGUAAUAAACGGACAAAUAAAUAGUUUGGUAUUUUUUAGACAGAAAUGUUUCCCAUGUUGAUAUAGGCUGCUUUGGAAUACUUAGCGUGCAUGAAUAAUGUGAAUAUUCAAGAUAAUAAAACGAUAUGGCAGGGAAGUCAUAUGGUCGGGAACGGGCACGGCGAUUGGUUGAGAGGGGAGGAGAGGGCGUGGCUAACACGGCGCGUGGGUUCGCUUGGGUUUUACAAUUAUAACAACUUUAUCUUCGUUGGGGAAACGUAUUUUAUGGUCAAAUAGCGACAUCUUGGAGUGGAUUCGUGCGUUCGGUCCGCCGCGCGGCGUCACUUUGCGAUGAAAAAUGUGACGUUUGUGGAGCUACCCGGAGAGCGCGUCCGUCCCCGACCGAGAGGAUUUUCUUCUGCCGAAUCGCAUCUCAUCAUCCUGGGAUAAAAAGUUUUCGGCGGAUCUCCAGCCUUCCCCCCCUCUGAUUCUGCGAGUCAAACGGACCGUCCCGGCGUCGCGGUUUUCCAUGCAAUCGUGCGGUGUGUCUGUCGCCGCUGCUGCCUGCGCUGCUGCCCGGAGUCUCGGCUCGGCUUCUUCUGGUGGUGAUGAGGAAAAGAAAAUGGCGGCGGGAAAAGCGAGUGAAACAGAGGAGGACUUUCCGACACUGACAGCCCAGGAGAAGGACAGUUUGGCCGGGAUCGACAGCUCACUGUUUGGAUUUCAGAAUCUUCAUGAAGAUGGCGCCAGAACGAAGGGCCUGUUGAUGAAGGCCGUUCGCUGCUACGAUUCGCUCAUCCUUAAAGCCGAGGGCAAAGUGGAACCAGAACUCUUCUGCCAGCUCGGCCACUUCAACCUCCUCCUGGAGGAUUAUUCUAAAGCAUUAUCAGCAUACCAGAGGUACUACAGUUUACAGUCGGACUACUGGAAGAAUGCUGCCUUUCUGUAUGGCCUUGGAAUGGUCUACUUCCACUAUAAUGCCUUUCAGUGGGCGAUUAAAGCAUUCCAGGAGGUGCUGUACAUUGACCCGGGGUUCUCCCGGGCUAAGGAGAUCCACCUGCGCCUGGGUCUCAUGUUCAAAGUCAACACAGACUACGAGUCAAGCCUAAAGCAUUUUCAGCUGGCUUUGAUUGACUCCAACCCCUGCACUUUGUCCAAAGCUGAAAUUCAAUUCCACAUCGCUCAUUUGUAUGAGAUUCAGAAGAGAUACCGCGCUUCCAAGGAGGCUUAUGAGAGCCUUCUGCAGACAGAGGAUCUUCCUCCACAGGUGAAAGCCGCUACCCUGCAACAGCUAGGCUGGAUGCAUCACACGGUGGAACAGCUCGGGGACAAAGCCAGCAGGGACAGCUAUGCCAUCCAGUGUCUGCAGAAAUCUCUGGAAGCUGAUCCAAACUCGGGACAGUCCUGGUACUUCCUUGGCAGGUGCUACUCGAGUAUUGGGAAGGUCCAGGAUGCCUUCAUUUCCUAUCGGCAAUCCAUAGACAAAUCAGAGGCCAGUGCGGACACUUGGUGCUCUAUAGGAGUUUUGUACCAGCAGCAGAACCAGCCCAUGGACGCUCUGCAAGCCUACAUCUGCGCUGUGCAACUGGACCACAGCCACGCCGCCGCCUGGAUGGAUCUGGGCACGCUAUACGAGUCCUGCAACCAGCCGCACGACGCCAUCAAGUGCUACAUCAACGCCACCCGCAGCAAGGGCUGCACCAACAUCGCUGCGCUCACCCACCGCAUCAAAUGUCUCCAGGCUCAGUUGAGUAACCCCCAGCUCAGUAGCCUACAGGGUAAAAGUAAAAUGCUCCCUCUUAUUGAGGAGGCAUGGAGUCUACCAAUCCCAGCUGAGCUAACCUCCAGGCAGGGAGGCCUGAGCAGUGCACCACAGCAGGCUUGUAAGCCUAAUCACAGUGCAGAGGGCGGGGCCUCGGGUCAGUCUCUGCCCCCCCACGUGAGCUCUCUGGGCCAAACAGAGGACCAGUCCUGUCCAGCUAAGAGGAGAAGAGCUUCUGGCUCCAGCAAGAGCGACUCCUGGGGGGGUAACCCAGCACAGCAGCCAGCACCCAACUGGAACCUCUCCCCGCAGAAGCUACAGAUGCUGGAACAGCUGAGGGCCAACAAGGCCAACCUGAAACCCCCACAGCUGCAGAUGCUGGAGCAGCUGGAGGCUCAGCUCGCCAUGAUGCAGCAGCUGAGACAAAAUGCCUCCGGAGGAGGACAGUUGCGCCCCUCCCUUCCCAACGGCCCCAUCAUCAACUCGCUCCCCUCCCCCAACCCCAGCCUCCACCCCACGCGGUUCCACUUGACGCCCCACCGGGCCCCCUGCCCACCCCAGCCGCUGUCGAACGGGCCGGUGGGCUCCGGGACGCACUCGGACUCCGUGGGCGAGGGUGGGAGUAAUAAUCAGCUGGGGCCCGCGGCCGCAGGACCCAACGGAGACGUGCCUUACCUGCAAGCUGCCGAUGCCGGCAGCAGCGCAGCCCCGCUACCUCACACCUGCACAAGCACGCAAACACAGGACACCGCGCCGCGCCCGGCCCUGCACCUAAACUCCUCUCAGGGGCUUCAGAAAGGGUGUGUCCCACCGGCCAGCGAGGAGACCCACCUCCAGAACCCCAACUCCUCCACCUCUGUUAACCCCAACAAUCAGGUUGGGCAUUCGACCAAUGCCCCCUCGCCGCGGCAGCCGCCUCACAACCACCUCCCCUCCCCGCCCUCCAUCCCCCACUCCUCUACCUCAAGCGGUGCAGGACCUGGUGCUACCAAAGAUGACAACACCACAGCCACUCUCGUCACCGCGGCCCCGCCCCUCGGUAACGGAAGCUCCGAGAGCAAACCGCUGGUGCCGCCUGCUGAAGGCGCUGGGGCGCCGGCGGACAGUGUAGCCAAUCACAUCCUCUCGGGGGACGCCGACAAGGCGGCAGAAGGCGGUGACAAGCCCAGCCUUAGCGCAGACAAUCCCAGGCUCUCUGCCCUGCUGGCGGGGGGGAAGGGCCCCGAAGAGAAGGAGGGGCUGUCGGAAGGAGCCGCGUCCACGCCGGUUGAGCCCCACAGGAAAGUCAACAACAUCCACCCAGCCGUCCUGCCCUCCACCCCCCACGCACAGGGCAGCUCGGCCGCCUCCUCACCCAUCUCUGCCAUGUCCACGGCCACGCCAUCGCCCAAAUCCUCAGAGCACAACCAGACUGGCGGGCACAGUCCGUCCACCGCCACGCCCACCGCGCCUGCCGUCAACGGCAAGGGGGGCAUCUCAGAGGACUCCCAAAGCCCACUGAAGGCAGAUCCACCCGCCUCCACCUGCUUCAAAGCGACACCUCCACACAUACACGGCUCCUCGUCGGCGUCGUCCUCCAUCUCCAUCUAUCCCAGCUCCACAGACGUGCUGAAGGCCUGCAGAAACCUGGGGAAGAACGGGCUCUCAAACAGCAGCAUCCUUCUGGAUAAGUGCCCUCCACCCAGGCUGCCGCCCCCACCCUCGCCGGCCCUGCCUAAAGACAAGCUCAACCCUCCAACCCCCAGUAUCUAUCUGGAGAACAAGAGGGACGCUUUCUUCCCCCCGCUCCAUCAGUUCUGCACAAACCCCUCCAACCCCGUCACUGUCAUCAGAGGCCUUGCUGGAGCUCUCAAGCUGGAUCUGGGUCUGUUUUCCACCAAGACAUUGGUAGAGGCCAAUCCGGAGCACCUGGUGGAGGUCUGGACUCAGCUAUCACAGCCCGCCGACGAGAACUGGGACCCAACGGGCACGAAGAAAAUGUGGCGCUGCGAGAGUGCCCGCUCCCACACCACCAUCGCCAAAUAUGCUCAGUACCAGGCCACAUCCUUUCAGGAGUCCCUGAGGGAGGAGAACGAGAAGAAAGCACUAAAGGAACCUUCAGACACCGAGCCAGCAUCGGCGGAGAGUGCUGCACGAAAAAGAAGAGGGCCCCUAAAAUACAUCAAGUUUGGCACCAACAUUGAUGUAUCAGAUGAACGGAAGUGGAAGCAGCAGCUGCAGGAGCUCAGUAAGCUGCCGGCCUUUGCUCGGGUCGUGUCCGCCGGGAACCUGCUCAGCCACGUGGGCCACACCAUCCUGGGGAUGAACACGGUCCAGCUCUACAUGAAGGUUCCCGGCAGCAGGAUCCCCGGCCACCAGGAGCACAACAACUUCUGUGCUGUCAACAUCAACAUCGGGCCCGGCGACUGCGAGUGGUUUGCGGUGCCGGAGCCGUACUGGGGAGUGAUGAGCAACUUCUGCGAAAAGAAUAACAUCAACUUCUUGAUGGGUUCCUGGUGGCCCAACCUGGAAGACCUGUAUGAAGCAGACGUGCCGGUUUACCGCUUCAUCCAGCGACCCGGUGACUUGGUGUGGCUCAACACAGGCACCAUCCACUGGGUGCAGGCCAUCGGCUGGUGCAACAACAUCGCUUGGAACGUCGGCCCUCUCAUUGCCCACCAGUACAAGCUCGCAGUGGAGCGCUAUGAGUGGAACAAACUCCAGAGCGUCAAGUCAAUGGUUCCCAUGGUGCACCUUUCCUGGAACAUGGCCCGCAACAUUAAAGUGUCUGACCAUAAGCUGUUCGAGAUGAUCAAGUACUGCUUGCUGCGGACCCUGAAACAGUGCCAGUGGGUGAAGGAGGCCUUGGCCACUGCCGGCAAGGAAACCGUCUUGAGGACGAGGACGAGGGACGAGCCGGCCCACUAUUGCACCAUCUGUGAGGUGGAAGUCUUCAACCUGCUGUUUGUGCGCCGCGAGCUCCUGACCAAGAAGCCGUACGUGGUCCACUGCCAGGACUGCGCCAGGAAAGGAAGCGCCACGCUGGACGACUUCGUGGUGCUGGAGCAGUACAGGAUGGAGGACCUCAUGCAGGUCUACGACCAGUUCACAUUAGCUCCUCCUCUUCACUCGGCGUCGUCUUGACAUUAGGCGGCUCUUCCAUCGCCUUCUGCUCUGGAGCCAUGACGCCCAUCCACCCACAUGAACUUGUACUAAGAUUUUACCUGAACAUCCCCCACGAACGGACCAUUUCUGAUAUUCAGGAAAGCCGCCGCCGUCUCCCCUGCCCGCCCGCCCGCCCCCCUCGCUGCCACCCCUCGUCCCUUAUGGCUGGUCUCCAUAGCGACGGCUGGAGGCCGAGGCGGCCGAGCGCGUCUGUCUAUGCAACCUGUUUGAAGCGCCGUGGCCGUCCAGAAGGAGGUGCCACCCGGCCCGAUAACAGAACUCCCCCCCCCUCCUCUCCUGCCGCCCCCCCCCCAUAGACAAUGGUUCGGCCCCGUUUUCACGGAGGACUUAAUCAAAUGUGUUUGGGACAGGGGGGGAUCGGGGAGAUGGGUUCUUUAAAGUGUGAUGAAAAUGUUUUGUAGAUAAUUGUUAACUGUCACAACUGGCAACAGCACCCCCGAACAGACUACUGACUUGACGCCCCCCCCCUCCCCGUUUGUCCUUUUCUAUUCUGGUAACAGGACUUUUAUUUCUUCGCCUCCCCAGAAAUCUUCUAUUUUUCCCUACAGAGCACUAGCCUGCUUUGGUUUUCACUAUAAUAGAUGGUAAUCUUAGGAGCUAAACCUCCCCCAAAAAGUGUAAUGUGAAGAUUUUGUGUGAUUUUUUUUUUCUUCCCUCUUUUGUUCCUUUUUAAUAGCUUUUUUUUUGUUUUUUUCAAAGCUAUGGUGUUUUUGUUAGAAUAAAUAAAAACUUAAAAAAAAAUAUUACUAGCCAAGUCACAAAGAAAAUGGGUUGCACAUAGACUUAUGGAAUUAAGUUUGUGAUUUUUUGUUUUGUUUCGUUGUUUCUAAUCUUGAUGUAAAUUUACACUAUUUAUAAAACGCAUAUUUAUUGCUUGAAAAUAUUUGUCGAUGGAAUGCUGUUAUUUUUUUCCAGAGUACCUGCCAUUAAAUUUGAAGGAGUUCUGUCAUUUUAAAACGACUCCUCUUACAUUUUCUAUAUAUAAAUAAAAUUGCUUAGCAAGCAUUGUACAGAAACGAA